AUGGAUAGAGAUCUAUUCGAAGGUAACGAGCAACUGAAAGAGCCAGGCGUAUGGGGACAAGCUCCAUCCUUCCAUCGGGACGCUAUCGCUGAGCUGCUUCGACUCGUGGCCCGGGAUCCCAGAUUCGGUGAAAUGAGUCGUCAAGUGCUCGAAGACCAUCGCUUCCAGUUUUCGCCAGGCCAAGAUGCGCUGAGUCUUUAUUCUUUACACCCAAAGCCAUGGGAGUUCCUCAGCGAGCACAAGAUCAAGUCCAUGGAGAAGCUUUUACCAUCCGAACUACACAACCCCUUCCGCGAGCAUGCCCGUGAUCGCACCAGAUAUUACGUCUCCGCCGCUUCACAAGCUUCAAUGUUCCUACUGCAGCUACCUCAACAUCUCCGGAUCAGCAUCCGAUCAAUCGCCCUCCACGAUACGCAUGCGAGCGUUUCUCACCCGGAGUGCCAUGCGCGAGCAUUGAUACGCUUUGCGAUCGAAAACCCAAAGCUCAAGAUUGUUCACCGUGCAGAUCUUUGGGGUGCGGUCCUGACUUCGUUGCAAUCCGUGCGCUAUGAAGAAUACCGUUCUGGCCUGCGUCGAGGGUUGGGGCUGAUGCGCACUAUGAAAGCGGUAGACGUUACCAGAACUGUCGGUCUUUGGAUGAUGGAGGCUUUGGCCUUGAAGUCGGCAGGCAUGCCCCCGGAAUCGUUUACUCUUAUAUUCGAAGGCGAAGCACAUCUGAUGCAGCCAAUUUUCGAUAUCGUCAUCGAGGAUGCGGCGUGGCAAGAGGCGCUGCAGAACUGGCCAGGCCGACAUGUCAUUCCUUCACCCCCGGAUCAUUCUGGGACUGGGUACAUGCGCUAUCCUUGCUAUUUCUUCGAAGCUUUUCCCGAUCUCAUGCGAGAUGUUCUUGCUGGGACUGGAGGACUGGGCAAGUGGGCUAUCGAUAUGGGAGGGAAAUAUGUAGCUAGCACAGCACAAUGGUACUAUGACACUGCCGUCUGA